ACCCCGCCGCCGUCCUGCCAGGGUGGAGUUGGGGGAUGUCCUUGACCUUCACUCUGGGCUGGAGGCAAAUCCCCUCCCUGUCCUUCUUCUUUCCUGCCACAGGCCCCGAGCUGAGGACAGAGAGCACAGAGGACAAAUCCCCCCAGCAGAACCUGGUGGGAGAGGCCAUUUUGAACGGCUCCAUGGUGCAGGAAGGCAGUGGGGAGGAAAAGGGUCGGAGAUCUCCGCAGAGGAGGGGCUCCAAAGCCAACCUGGGGUGCUCUGAGGGGGAAAGAUCCAGCCUGUGCCAGGAAGGCAGCCAGAGCUUGAGCCGCAACUCCAACCUGGUGGUCCUUGAACAGCCUCCCAACAGGGAGAAGCCCUUCAGGUGCUUGGAAUGUGGGAAGAGCUUCAGACAGAGCUCCCACCUCCUCACCCACCAGCAUAUCCACACUGGGGAACGACCCUACACAUGUAGGGAAUGUGGGAAGAGCUUCAGGAACAGCUCCAACCUCCUCACCCACCAGCGCAUCCACACCGGGGAACGACCCUACACAUGUGGGGAAUGUGGGAAGAGCUUCAGCCAGAGCUCCAAGCUCCGCAUCCACCAGUGCAUCCACACUGGGGAACAGCCCUAUCCUUGUGGGGAAUGUGGGAAGAGCUUCAGUGACAGCUCCACCCUGAUCCGACACCAGCACAUCCACACUGGGGAACGGCCCUACACGUGUGGGGAAUGUGGGAAGAGCUUCAGCCGGAGCUCCAACCUCCUCCCCCACCAGCGCAUCCACACCGGGGAACGGCCCUAUGCGUGCUUGGAAUGUGGGAAGAGGUUUAGAACCAGCUCAGAUCUCCUGAUGCAUGAGCGGAUGCACACGGAUGAGAGGCCCUUCCGCUGCACCGACUGUGGGAAGGGCUUCAAGCACAAGUCUCACCUUGUCACCCACCGGCGCAUCCAUACCGGGGAGAGGCCCUACAAGUGUGAGGAAUGUGGGAAGAGCUUCACCGACAGGUCUGACUUCAACAAACACCGACGGACCCACCGGUAAGAGAAGCCCUGCGAGUGCCCCGACUGCGGGAAGAGCUUCAGCUGCUGCUUCCACCCUGAAUGAACCCCCUGAUGGUGAGGCAACCCCUGGAGUCCAGUGACUGUCAGUCCAUCCCUUUCGACCAGAGAGGGCCAGUCCCCUUUCACAGGGGCAGGUUCUUCUAACAGAACCCUUCCUGGGGGGUCAGUCCUGGAGGUUGAGAGCAGAGAUCUCCCCACGAGCAUUGGUCUAGGGGAGUUGCAUCCAUCUCUCAUUAAGAAUUAUUGCUUUUGUGCCAGCUUUAGUAGAAUGGUUUCAACAAUUGCUUUAGUGUAGAGCACUGUCCUGUCUUAUCCUGUGUGGGAAAACAACUGAACUGUAGACAGCUUAAACCUUGAAUUUGAGCAGUUACAGCUGUUAGGUUGUAAAAGAAUGUAAACAUUGAGGAGGAGUAAGCAGAAAAAGAGAAAGAACUGCAGUAAAUAACAGCUGUUAUUUAGAGAUUUGCCAGCACGCGAGGGGAUGAGCUUGGACGCGUGGACAAGAACACAUAACCAAUGAGAUAUGGAAUAUUUGCAUGUGGACAGAAGGAAAAACUACGAAACUAAACCUGCUGUAAAUAAAGUGCUCAUUGUACCUUGCCUGCUAA